CCAGCCUUUCUGGGCCACCAGACAUCCCGCCUUCCUCUGGCACUCCUGAGGUGCUACCGUCCGUCUGGUUGUGAGGAAAUGGGCCAAUGUCCGACUGUAGAGGAGGGAGACCAAAGAUGGAGACUGGUUCAGAGGGAAACGCAGCCCAGAACAUGGAGGUUGGAUGGACGCGUGGCGGGGCUUUUUGUCUAACCCUCAGUGGAUCUGUGGAACAAGAGUGGCGCACCAUCCUCGAAGAAAAUGACCCCGUGCAGACGCGUCCUACUUAAAUCCCCACGGAGUGAGAAGGCUGUGGUACAUCUGCUGGAUGACUUAAGGCCCGCAGACCCUCUCAAGGUUCCAUCGACCCGAACACUAUUCCGGAUAGAAACAUGUCCAGGAUGAAUAGUGAUCAGCUUCAUCGCUCCACCUUGGGGAUCUACUCGAGCCUGAUGGACGAGUUCAACCCGAGCCUACAGAAAUUGGUUUCGCUGGGAAACAGCUAUGUCCGAGCUUUCAAUGCUCUUGCCGUAACGAGUGAGGCCUACUUCAGUGCACUCGCAAAGAUUGGAGAGAAGGCCUUCAACACCGCGUCCUUGCGCUCCCUCGGAGAUGUCCUGAUUCAGAUCUCCGAGAGCCAGAGGAGCCUCACCUUGGAGCUGGAUGGAGUAUUCCGCUGGUUCAGUAUGGAGGUUCUGCAAGAGAUGGACAAUAACGUCAGACUGGACAGGGAUUACAUAUCAGGCAGCAGGAAUCAUUAUGAGAUGGAAGUGCACAACCAGGCUGUAGCUCUGGAGAGGCAUCUGAGGAGAGGAACCAACCAGGAUUCUAGUGAGUAUGUGCAGUUCCUGAGGGAGAGCCAUGGAGAGGCUCUGAAGGAGGAGGAGAGGAGAUAUCGCUUCCUGGCUGAGAAACACUGUGGACUGAUACAGUCCAUCGCCCGCCUCAUGAAUAAGAUUGGUGGUUCGUUCCAGCAGAACAGAGCAGCCUGGACAGAGGAGGUGAACGCCACCAGAGAACCCGAGGCCAGACGUCGCGCCGCCGUUGACGACACAAUGGAGGUAAAGAGGGAGGAGAUCAGAAAGAGCAGAGAGGACCUGCGCCUCGGUAAAAUACCAUCAAGAGCCCCGUCUCCCCAGGAGAGCAUUUCUCGCUCUCUGGCAGACUCAGUGGGAGGUGGCGGUGGAGCGCAAUAUACCAGGGCCCUGGUUGCCCACCAACCGGCCGGCUCCAACCCCACCUUGCUGCCCUUCGACAGGGGAGAGUUAAUCACUGUGAUGGUCCAACAGCCCAGGAACGGCUGGCUGUACGGGCGCGCUGACAGCAGCUCACGUCAGGGAUGGUUUCCAGCCUCUUUUGUGGAACCAGUGGAUGAUCCUCCCAAGUCAACCAGCUCCAGAAACUCCACCCUCCGAGGCAGCAGCAGCAGCAGCAGCAGCAUGAGCAACCUGUUCGACCAACAGAGGAGCAGCAGCCACAGCGGAGCCGCGCCCCCGCCGCCUCCCCCUCCCCCUCCACCGACCUCACCUCUUUCUUCAUAUCAACACUCUGAGAUGCAACCGCUCGCGCCCACUCCCGACAGAAGGGCCGAGUCAAACGUACAAAACAAGCGAUCGCAACCACAUGGAUCACAGCCGAGUGAUCACAACCGACUCUUCCCGAGGGGCACCAACCCAUUCGCAACAGUUAAGUUGAAGCCCACCGCCACGAACGACAGAUCGUCCCCAUGUCUCUAUCGCAGAUGACACCUUGACCCUGAACAGUUCACUCAUGACCUUGGGUCAAAAACUGAGUAAGUGGAUGUUAUAUAAUAUGACACGAGUCCUACUGCACACAGACACACGGAGUAAAUACAUUUGAAUACGCUGAGAAUUCUUUGGUUUGCGCUCGGAUUUUAGACAUUUAUUCUUUAGAUCUUGGUAAACCAACAACCAACGUAAAAUGAUGCUGUCUUUAUGUUUUUAAAUAUAUAUAUAUCAGUUUCUCUGCUCUGUGAUAUGUAAAAUAGCACGAAUGAAUAAUGUAAACUAAGAUGUGUAUUGAUCUGACCCGCUGCUAAAUCCCCGUUCCUCCUCAGAUGUUUGAUCAGCUGAAGAGAUGACUUGACUUGAUUAUGAUCUUAAUGCUUAGGGGUGAACACUUUAUGCCAUGCAAAGGUGGAAAAUGUUUCAAUGAUCUUCUCUGUUAUAUAUUUUUUGUACUGCUUCUAUCAUUUUUUCCUACAUUCUCCACAUGUGAACCAAGAUGAUUGCUAAAUAUGAAUUGCAUUACAAAUGUACCGUACCGUAAAAAUAAAAGGCUGAUGGAGAAUGAAUGAUGUAACCUCUGGCGGACAAUGUAAUAUCUUGUAAAAAUAGAAUAAUAUGUCUGAGGCAGAGAUGUAAUGAAAAAUGCAACACGUUCAUGGAUUAUGUAAUACCUUCUUUAUAGCAUCAUCUAAUUACUUUAGCCGAUCUGUUCAAGCUGCAGACUUCAUAAGCAGUCGGCUUUUACAGAUGGUAUAAUGAUCAUUUGUUCUAUGAUGAAAAUAACUAACAAAUGUAAGCUAUUACAUCAUAAGAAUAUACUAGUAUAUAUUAUGUAUUAUGAAAAAGAAAAAUCUUCUAAACCGGCUCCAACGUUUUUUUGGAGCCGAUGAGCUUCAUCUCUCAUAACAGGAAGCUGGUUGACAAAAGUUUAUACGGGCCUCAUGUCAUACUCCUGUCAUAUGGUUAUUAAAAUGCCAUUUUAUAA